AUGAUGUUCAAGACGCCUUUCGUUUUGUUCUUUGCCCUGGUGGCCAGUGUGUGUGCUUAUUCAGAUGAGCUUUUAGCGUUAAUGCAGCGUAAUUCUUAUCUUGCCAAUGCGCCAUACUGUUUGGAGAAGUUUUUGUUGACCGAUCUUUUCCACAAUGGUCGUUACUAUUUGGAGAAGCAGGGUCUUCAGGUGGUUCAGAUCUUCAAGCCAGAUGUAGGCAGAAACACGCAGCUUUCUGCGUACAGUUUUUUGGGGAUCAACGACACAGCCAAGGAAAUUGUCAUCUCUUUCAGAGGGUCCUUGACUCUAAAUGAUUGGAUUGUUGACUUCACUUUCCUACCACAAACCUACAAGCCAUUGAGUGGCGUCGGUGAGUGUACAGGGGACUGUAAGGUCCAUCUGGGCGUGUACGAACAAUUUAAGUUGACUUAUAAGGAUAUUAUCACGACCUUUAACGGCAUCAAGGCGACACACCCUGACUACAGUGUUACGGUUACGGGGCACUCCUUGGGCGCAGGCUACGCGUACCUAAUGGGUGUCGAGCUGCAAUUGCUAGGUCACCAGCCUAAUUUGAUCACCUAUGGUGGUUUGAGAAUGGGUAACGCUGCUAUGAACGACUGGGUCGAUAGCAUUUUCAAGUCUAAGGAAGUCGCAGAUCGCAUCAACGCUGGCGAGCUUCCUUUGAACUCAUACAUCAGAGUUGUUCAGGCAUACGACAUUGUUCCCUUGGUCCCACCCGGACCUCUUUACAACCACGCUGGUGUGUCUUUCACUAUUAGAGACAAUUCUACUUUGUUCCCCUCCAAGGCUGAUGUAGUUUUCGAUGGUUACAAGCCAAAGCUGAACGAAAUUAUCGCCGAUAUUCUUUUAAGUGGUAGAAUCCUAGACUUGUUACGUGCUUUAGAUCACAACAAGUUCUUCAGAAGAAUGGCAAUUCCUUGUCUAUCUGAUACUGUCAGCAUCAGUGGUCGUUGA